GAUCCAGCUCAGCUCCAUAGGUGUCUCUGGGGGUCUUUUAAUUGGUGUAGGAAUUUCCUAUAAAUUCCACUCUUCUCGAUCGCCGUCGGUAAAACCUGCGAGUAGUCAUUAGGUCAAAGCGUUCUCAAAGAACCUAUCCAUUCCAUCGGAGCAUCCGGGGGAGGGGAGCGACUCUCUUUCUCUGUAGCUCGCGACGGGCCCCCGGCUUUGUUACACUCCGUUCUCUCGCUUGGAAACAGAGGGGAGAGGGCGGAGACAAUGGGGCAUCGGGUUUCGGAGAGUGCGAUCAUCAAAUCCCCGACCGACCGCAGGUCGUAUCGAAUCAUUCAUCUCUCCAAUGGCCUCACGGCUCUCUUGGUGCAUGAUCCUGAGAUUUACCCCGAUGGGUUCGCGCCUCAAGAAGAAUCUGAAGGCCGAGCGGUUGGUGCUGACGUGAGGGAGGGAGAUGACGACAGGGAUCUCGAAGAAGACGGCGAGGAUGACUUCGAUCAAGAGGAGUACGAGUCCGAGGGUGAAGAGGAAGAGGAGGACGGGGAAGAAGGAGAGGAAGAUGGAGAUGAGAGCGAGCAGAAGGGGAAGAAAGGGACUGCUCCGACUAAAAAGGCUGCUGCAGCAAUGUGUGUAGGAAUGGGCAGCUUCUCUGAUCCUUCUAAGGCACAGGGACUUGCACAUUUUUUAGAGCACAUGCUUUUUAUGGGGAGUUCUGAAUUUCCAGAUGAAAAUGAGUAUGAUAGUUACUUGUCCAAGCAUGGUGGUUCAUCAAAUGCUUACACUGAAACCGAGUACACCUGCUAUCACUUUGAAGUCAAUCGGGAGUACCUGAAGGGAGCCUUAAAAAGAUUUUCUCAAUUCUUUAUAUCACCAUUAGUUAAGGCUGAAGCCAUGGAACGUGAGGUCUUGGCUGUUGAUUCAGAAUUUAAUCAAGUAUUGCAAAGUGAUAGCUGUCGUCUUCUUCAGCUUCAUUGUCAUACAUCUGUUCCUGGUCAUCCUUUUAACAGAUUCUUUUGGGGAAAUAAAAAAAGCUUGAUUGAUGCUAUGGAACAUGGUAUCAAGUUGAGAGAAGAGAUCUUGCAGAUGUAUAGAGAAAAUUAUCAUGGGGGAAUGACGAAGCUAGUUGUGAUUGGGGGAGAGCCCCUCGACGUCCUAGAAGGUUGGGUAGUGGAGCUCUUUAGUAAUGUCAAAACAGGGCAUCCUUUAAAGAUGAGCACUAAGAUUGAUAUUCCUAUCUGGAAAGAGGGUAAAAUUUACAGGUUAGAGGCAGUUAAAGAUGUUCAUAUGUUGGAAUUGACGUGGAAAUUGCCUUGUCUUCAUAAAGAAUAUUUGAAGAAACCAGAAGAUUACUUAGCACAUCUCAUGGGCCACGGUAGAGGAAGCUUGCUUUAUUUCUUGAAAGCUAAAGGAUGGGCCACUUCAUUAUCUUCUGGAGUCGGUGAUGAAGGGAUGCGCCGUUCUUCAAUUGCUUACAUUUUUAUCAUGUCUAUCCACCUUACUGAUUCAGGAUUAGAAAUGCUUUAUGAGGUUAUUGGGUUUGUAUAUCAAUACAUUAAGUUAUUGCGUCAAUCUACUCCACAAGAAUGGAUGUUUAAGGAACUCCAAGAUAUCGGAAAUAUGGAGUUCAGAUUUGCUGAGGAGCAACCUCAGGAUGAUUAUGCAGCAGAACUCGCAGAGAAUUUGCUGCUGUAUUCAGAAGAGCACAUAAUUUAUGGAGAAUAUGCUUUUGAACUGUGGGAUCCAGAAUUGGUAGAACAUGUUUUGAGCUUUUUCACCCCAGAAAACAUGAGGAUUGACAUACUGAGUAAAUCUUUUGAUAAGCAUUCAGAAGCCAUUCAAUAUGAACCAUGGUUUGGGUCCCGGUACAUUGAAGAGGACAUUUCACCGUCAUUGCUCAAACUUUGGAGCAAUCCUCCUGAAAUAAAUCAACAUCUUCAUUUGCCUUUGAAGAAUGAGUUCAUUCCUCAUGUCUUUUCUCUCUGCAGUGCUAACAUAUCAAAAUGUCUAUUAGAUACUAACCAUCCAAAAUGCGUUGUGAACCAUCCAUUGAUGAAGCUUUGGUACAAGAUUGACUUGACAUUUAACGUUCCUCGAGCAAACACAUACUUCUUGAUUACUGUGAAGGAUGGAUACAAUAGUGUGAAGAAUUGUGUUUUGACAGAGCUGUUUGUAAAUCUUCUUAAGGAUGAGUUGAACGAGAUUUUGUAUCAGGCUGGUGUUGCCAAGCUGGAGACAUCGUUAUCUAUUGUUGGUGACAAGCUAGAGUUAAAGCUGUAUGGUUUCAAUGACAAAUUAUCUCUUUUAUUGUCAAAAAUAUUGACAUUAUCCAGAUCCUUCUCUCCAAAUGUCGAGCGAUUUAAGGUUAUCAAAGAAGAUAUGGAGAGAGCAUUCAGAAACACCAAUAUGAAACCUUUGAGUCAUUCUUCCUACUUGAGGUUACAAGUAUUGCGUGAAAGCUUUUGGGAUGUGGAUGACAAGCUGUCCUGUCUUGUCAACUUAUCUCUUUCUGAUUUAGAGGCCUUUCUUCCAAAUCUUCUAACUCAGUUGCAUAUAGAGGGCCUCUGCCAUGGGAAUCUAUUAGAGGAGGAGGCAAUCAACAUAUCAAAUAUAUUUACAAAUAUAUUUUCUAGAGAACCUCUACCAGCUGAGUUUAGGCAUCAAGAACGUGUUCUCUGCCUUCCUUCCGGUGCAAGCCUUAUUAGAAGUGUCCGUGUGAAGAAUGAUCUUGAAGUGAAUUCUGUGGUUGAGCUAUAUUUUCAAAUCGAGCAAGACGUAGGUAUGGAAGCAACCAAACUGAGAGCCAUUACAGAUCUUUUCAGCCAUAUUGUUGAAGAGCCUUGUUUUGAUCAGCUAAGGACAAAGGAGCAGCUUGGAUACGUUGUUCAUUGUGGUCCACGGAUGACUUACCGUGUUUUAGGAUUCUGCUUUCGUGUUCAAUCGUCCGAAUAUAGCCCAAUAUAUUUGCACGAUAGAAUAGACACCUUCAUUAGUGGUCUCCAAGAGUUUCUGGAUAAGCUUGAUGAUGAAUCUUUUGAGAAUCAUAGAAAUGGGUUGAUAGCAGAGAAACUGGAAAAAGACCCAUCACUUACUUAUGAAACGGGUCACUACUGGAGUCAAAUAGUGGAGAAAAGGUAUUUAUUUGACAUGUUGAAAGUUGAAGCAGAGGAACUGAAAACAAUUCAAAAGAGUGAUGUCAUCAACUGGUACAAGACGUACUUGAGGCUGCCAUCAUCCAAAUGUCGACAACUUGCUGUUCAUGUGUGGGGUUGCAAUACCAAUUUCAAUGAGGAACUCAAAAUGCAAGAAAAGUUUGGAAAAGUUAUUGAAGAUAUUGAUUCCUUAAAGAUGUCGUCUGAGUUCUAUCCAAGCCUCUGUUAAAUAAAUACCAUUAACCUGGCAAUCAUAUUGAGCCCUUCAAAAUUGUGAGGGCUUAUCUGGUAAUUCUGAUGGCAAUCAUGCUGCUUCCUAAGCCAAGAAAAUGGGGAGCUUUUGAUCCUUGAUCAAAAUAUUUGUGUGAACUACUAUUUUUUCACUAACAAAUAAAAUAAGAGUUGGCUGUUCUAUCUAUCAA